AUGUCCGCGAAACCUCCCUCUAGCCCUUCUGACCGUUCUCCGAGCAUUGAGAAAGGCGCCACGGACAGCUUAUCCGAGCUGCCCGUGGACAACCAGAAAGAAUCGAAGACUCGCGCCGAGGAGAUACAUGAAGAAGAACAAUCAACACCGAACAAGGACCAGGGAAAUGACACAUCACUGAGCAAAACACAAGAUGGCGAAGAAAGCACAACAAGCCCACAGGACGAAGAAGUCGCCAAAGAGAAGGACGCUUCUGCGCCACCAUUACCAGACGAACCACUCCCACCACCGCUACCCAACGAGGCUCCUCCCGGUGAGGACGAUGGCUGGGAGCCCGUCUGGGAUGCAAACGCUCAAGCGUACUACUUCUAUAACCGCUUCACGGGCGUUUCGCAAUGGGAGAACCCACGGGUGCCGGAUGCAGCACCAGGGCCUCACGGCGACGCCACGGAAGGCGAGGAGGAGAAAGACCCCGUCGUAGGCGGCUACAACCCGGCGAUCCAUGGUGAUUACGAUCCCACCGCGCCCUACGCGCAGCAGUAUGAGGAGCAGGCCCUCGGAGGUGCUUCUGCGGCACGUGCCGGGCUGGAUCCCAAUGCCUCCUACGAGGCUGUUGGUGCGUUCAAUAGGUUCACCGGCCGGUGGCAGCACGCCUCCCUGAAUCCAGAGAAUCACAACGACGAGAAUAAGUCGCGACGGCAGAUGAACGCGUUCUUUGAUGUGGAUGCGGCUGCCAAUGCCCAUGAUGGGCGCAGUCUCCGGGCGGAGCGCAGUGCUAGGAAACUCACCAAGAAGGAAUUGAAGAUGUUCAAGGAGAAGAGAAGAGAGAAGAAAGAGGAGAAGCGGAGGGCGUGGCUACGCGAUUGA